AUGGCCUCUGACCCAAUUGCUGCUAUCACUAACGCAGCAAAACCCCUUCCUCCCAUCAGCAAUCCGACAUUUGCCCAUCAUUUCGAUGACUUGGCUGAGUACAAGGUUGUACUACUGGGCGAUGGUAGCCAUGGCACCUCGGAGUUCUACAGUGCCAGGGCAGAGAUCACAAAACGCCUUGUCAGGGAGCAUGGGUUUUCAGUCAUUGCUCUUGAAGCUGACUGGCCUGACGCUGAAGUCAUCGACCGUUACGUCCGUCAGCGGCCAACCCUGGCUACCAAGAUGGGCACGUUAGAGUCCCGUCCUCAACCGAAUGCAUUUCGACGCUUCCCGACUUGGAUGUGGAGGAAUCGAGAAUUCCAAGACUUAGCGCAUUGGAUGCGCGACUACAAUUCCUCACUUCCUUUUGAGAAACGUGCGGGUUUUUAUGGUCUUGACCUGUACAGUAUGGAGACCUCUAUCUGUGCUGUGAUCGACUACCUUGACCAUGUCGAUCCGCAACAAGCAAAGGAAGCCCGUAGACGCUACGGUUGCCUGCAACCAUGGGUGGAAGAGCCAUCAAUGUACGGGAUGUCUUUCCUGCGGGGUGGGACGAAUUGCGAGAAGAGAGUCACGAAGAUGCUACAAGAUCUACUUGCGCAUCGAGUGCAAUACAUCCAGCACUUUGCCGACGGUGAGGAGUUUCGAAGCAGCGAGCAAAAUGCCUACCUGAUCCGGGAUGCGGAACAGUAUUAUAAAGUCAUGCUGUUCAGUUCAUCAAAGUCAUGGUCCUUGAGAGAUACGCAUAUGGUCAGUACCUUGAAGCGAGUCCUCCGCGACAAACCGCCUGGGACCAAGGCGAUUGUUUGGGCUCACAAUUCGCACUGCGGAGACGCCAGGUACACACAUAUGGGUCCCAGAAGUCAGGUUAAUGUCGGACAGCUCGUGCGCGAAGAUUUCGGUCGAGAAAAUGUGGCUAUCGUCGGAUGUGACACACAUACCGGUACAGUGGCCGCGGCAGAUGAAUGGGAUGCCAACAUGAGAAUCAUGAAGGUGAAUCCCUCUCGAAGAGACAGCUGGGAGUAUUUGGCACACUGUACGGGUAUUUCCCGCUUUGUCCUGGACCUGAGACCAGAAGUGGCUUCUCCCCUCCUGCGAUCAGUCCUCUCUACGGAGAGACAGCGACUGAUGAGAUUUAUUGGAGUCAUUUACCGCCCCGAUACAGAAAGAGAGUCCCAUUAUUCUCGAACCGCCUUGGAGAAUCAAUUUGAUAAAUAUGUUUGGUUUGAAACUACAGAGGCAGUCAAGGCUCUGGAGGCUGUUCAACCUUCGACUCCCUUGAACGAAGCCGAGACCUAUCCAUUCGGUUUAUAA